AAGGUGAUUGAAACCAACCCUAAGCUCUUUUUAUCUCCGCCUUAAAGGUAGCCUCGAUUAUUGCUGACUUAAGCAUCGGAGUGUCUACCUCGAGUUCCACCUCGGGGCUUUGUAGGUUAUCUCGGAGUACAGGCGCGGACUGAAGAAGGACUUCUGGUUUGGUGCAAUUACAUUGGCGCCGUCUGUGGGAAUUGAACUGAAAGCUUUCUAGUUGCUCUUUCAUCAUGGUUCACACUCGAUCAGUCCGAGCUGGUAAUUCAUCUCUGUCUCAUGGGCAAGGUCAACCCCCCAACAACCUUCCACCUCUGAUCCCACCUCAAAUACCACCCCAGUUUCCACCUCAGGUCCCAACCAUAUUCCCUCCUGUUGAUCACGCAGAAGGGGGAGAUGAAAACCAACCCCAUACCUCAGCUCACAAUUCCACUUCCACUGCCAACAAAGACGUAGUGGCAGCUCAACUUACUGCCAUGCAGCAACAGUUCGGUGUUUUUCAGUUGGGUCAAUCCCACAUAGCACCUACUCAGCAACCCAUCCCUGAUGAUGUCACCCGACGCCUCGAUAGCUUGGAAAAGCUAGUAGCUGAACACCGAGGUGCUCCACCCCCACACCAUGCUGUUGAUUCUAUACCUCACCCUCUGAAUACCAACAUUACGCUGGAACCCUAUCCCAUUAGCUUCAAAAUACCACAACUGGAGACUUAUGAUGGGACGAAGGAUCCCGAUGAUCACCUGCAUGCUUUCUAUUCUUGCAUGCAAGCUCAGAACGCCUCUGAUGCGUUAAUGUGCAAAAUCUUCCCCUCUACUCUGCGAGCUGUAGAUGGAGAGCUUCUUUACUUGUACUUGGGGAUUUCAGAUGAGGCCAUUAGUUCAGUUCUGGUGAGAGAAGAAGCUAAGCAGCAGAAACCAAUUUAUUAUAUCAGCAGUGUGCUGCACGGAGCAGAGCUGAGAUAUCCUAUAGCUGAGAAAGCAGCAUUAGCAGUCGUCACUUCGGCCAGGAAGUUGAGGCUAUAUUUCCAGUCACACCCAAUUAUCGUUCUCACCGACCAACCUCUCAGGCAGAUUCUGCAGAAACCAGAGUGCUCUGGAAGAUUAAUUAAGUGGGCAACCUUAUAUGUUGAUGGAGCAUCUAGUAGCAAGGGUUCAGGGGCUGGCGCUCUCUUGCUUGGUCCAGAGGGAUACCGAAGCAAACAUGCUCUGAAGUUCAAUUUUGAUGCAACAAAUAACAUGGCUGAGUAUGAAGCUCUGCUACUUGGUCUACAACUAGCAUUGCAGUUGCAAAUCAGUGUAAUUCAAGUAUACAGCGAUUUCCAGUUGGUGGUAAACCAAAUCAACUCAAUCUGUGAAGUUGUUGAUCCUGUGAUGGUAAAAUACGUAGCCUUGGUGGCCGAGCUGAAGUGCAGAUUCCAAAAAUUCUGUCUGAGUAAAAUCCCCCGAGCUGAGAAUGAACAGGCAGAUUCACUCUCCAAGUUUGCCUCUGACAGCUCUUUGAGUUCCAGAUCCACUGACUCAAUUAUCUCCUUUUUGCGAAAUGGAAUAGUACCUGAGGACAGACAAGAGGCGAUGAAGUUGAGGAAGAAAGCAUCUCGGUAUACACUUGUUGAUGGGGUCCUCUAUAAGAGAUCUUUUUCACUUCCUCUUUUGCGAUGUUUGAAUCCCUACGAAACCGAGUACGCACUUCGAGAGGUACAUGAAGGUGUCUGUGGGAGCCACGUCGGUGCUAGAACUCUGGCUCACAAAGUCUUAAGGCAAGGAUAUUAUUGGCCAAACAUGUAUAAGGAUGCCACUCACUUUGUUCAGAAAUGUCCGAGGUGCCAAUUCUUCGCACAUCUGACUCACCAACCUGCAGAAGAACUCACGAACUUGGUCGCACCAUGGCCAUUUGCACAGUGGGGACUAGAUCUUUUAGGUUCAUUCGUGAAAGGGGUUGGUGGCGUAACCCAUCUGGUUGUUGGUGUGGAUUAUUUCACAAAGUGGGUUGAAGCUCGGCCUUUAUCUAGUCUUACCUCCAAGAAGGUCGAAGAUUUCGUUUUUAGCUCGAUCAUCUGCAGAUAUGGAAUCCCGAAUCAAAUUGUGGCUGAUAAUGGAACUCAAUUCAAUUGCUUCUCAUUUCGAGAUUUCUGUUCCAGUUAUGGGAUCAAGGUACAGUUCACCUCCGUCUACCAUCCGGAGUCCAAUGGCAUGGUGGAAUCUGUUAACAAAUCCAUUUUGGAAGGUAUAAGGCCGAGAUUAGAGUAGCAUAAGGCCAAGUGGGCAGACGAGCUCAACAACGUCCUCUGGGCAUACAGAACCACGAGCCGAACUGCCACAGGUACUACUUUAAACCAAGUUUAUUUGAUUAAUUUCUAUAGUAUUUUACUUCUUCUGUUACGCUUUACCUUAGAGCAAAUAUGCAUAAUGCAUAAAGCGCAUUCUAAAGU